AUGACAACGGAGAACAAUCUUGAAAUUUUCUUGGGUGGGUUUGCAAAGGUCUUUAAUGAACAAUGGCAAGUAGAUGUACGUCUCAAGGCAGGAGACAGUAAUGAGAGUGCAGCUAUCUCCGCCCACAAACUUGUUUUGGCGGCACGAUCAGAGGUGUUUAAGAAGAUGCUGAAAUCAGACAAGUUCAAAGGUACGGCUGAUCAGAUCGAGACAGUAACUCUUUCGGAGUUGAAACAAGAGGAGCUAGAGGCUUUAGUUGGGUUCAUCUACAACAAUCGUUCUGUGCUUUCUGAAAAGGAGAAGAAACAUGCUCAAACACUUUUUGUAGCAGCGGACAAAUAUGAUAUUCCGCAUCUAAGGGAUCUAUGUAGAAAAGAAUUGAUAUCAUCUUUGAAACUGGCGAAUGUUAUCAAUAUCUUGGAACUGUCUUUGAUUCCUUUUGACGAAGCACUCAAUGACGCUGCCACCAUGUUUGUCGUGAGGAAUUUACUGGCGAUCUGUGACACUGUUGAGUUCAGAUUGUUUGUUGGGAAGAAUCCAGAUCUUACCGUUGAUAUAAUGAAGUCUUCUAAGUCUCGUAGGUGGAAGAACUAUUAUAUCUAG